AUGGAUCCUGCCAUGUUCCGUUGGUAUUCGGCUGACAUGACACAGGCAGAAUUCUUCCGAAUGACUCCGCGAUCGGUGUUCCUUUAUGUGGGAUCUGUUCUUCUGAUAUUCUAUCUUUACACAAGGAUUGUCUUCAUACCAAUAGACAAGUCCAACGAAGCUUGCUUGGAUGGAGAAAUGUUGUGGUGGGAUCGUCAACGAGGUCGUACACUGACCACGUGUGGAUCGGGAAAACUUGCACCCAUGUUUGGAAUCGAUUUUUAG